CAAACACACACCAACCGCAUACGCCACCCCGGCGGGUUUGGUGUCAGCAGAGCCACGCAAUGAGCGUAUUGACAGAUAGUACCUGCAGCCUCCGCGCGGCCAACAAAACACGCGCGCGUACAAAGUCCCGGAACUUCCGGUUUUCUCCCUUGCUUCAUCCACUCCACAGCCAAGCUUUUUCAAGUACUAAGCUCGAGCUAUAAAGCUUUAUCCCUCGUUUGACAGCUUGCUCUCGCUCGUUAUCGUGGCAAAAUGAAGCUUGCGACCAGUUUCGCAGGCAUUGGUGCCGUCGCUGCUACACUGUUCGGCAGUGUUUCGGCGGCGAGCUAUGAUGACAUCCCAGACAUUGAGGUCUACGGACAACACUUCUUUUACACAAACAACGGCUCGCAAUUCUACAUGCGAGGUGUUGCAUACCAGCAGAACUACUCGCCCAAUGGCUCCACCAGCGCCAACACCACAUACACUGACCCAUUGGCGGACGGUGACGCUUGCAGGCGAGACAUCCCCUACUUGAAGCAGAUCUACACCAACAUCCUGCGCGUUUACGCUAUUGACCCGACGAAGAACCACGAUGAUUGCAUGGCGCAGCUGGCGUCGGCGGACAUCUACGUUAUAGCUGACUUGGGCGAGCCCGGCACAUCGAUCAGGUCGAACGAUCCCGAGUGGGACGUCACUCUGUAUCAGCGUUACACAGGUGUUGUCGAUGCGCUUUCCAAGUACAAGAACGUUGUUGGCUUCUUUGCUGGUAACGAGAAUGUCAGCGCUGGCAAUCAGACGGCAGCUGCAGCAUUUGUCAAGGCAGCUGUCCGCGACGUUAAGGGGUACAUCGCUGCACAAAACUAUCGUAGGACACUCGGUGUCGGCUAUGCGACAGCCGAUGUACCAACCCGCGAUGAACUGGCACACUACUUCGCCUGCGAGCCCGGCAAUUCCGGCAAUUCCACUCAGAUCGAUUACUGGGGUUAUAAUGUCUACUCUUGGUGCGGAGACAGCAACUAUGCAACCUCUUCGUACGGCGAGCGUGUCGAUUUCUUCUCCGACUACCCGGUCCCAGUCUUCUUCGCUGAGUACGGCUGCAUCGAGGGUCUCGAGUCGGAAGGUGGUGCGACACACCGUCCUUUCACCGAGGUGCAAGUCUUGUUCGGAAACAUGACGAGCGUCUUCUCCGGCGGUAUUGUCUAUGAGUGGUUUAUGGGCGCCAACAACUAUGGUCUCGUCGAGCUCACAGACAACGAUGCUUCUGUGUCUCCCUACCCCGAUUUCACCUCCCUGCAGUCUCAGCUCGCAUCCAUCAGCCCGACAAUCACCCAGCGCAGUGCCUACACUCCCGCCAACUCCGCACCUGCCUGCCCUACCGUCGAUGCCUCGUGGCAAGCUGAAGCCUCUCCUCUCCCUCCCAGCCCCAACAGCCAGCUCUGCUCUUGCAUGGUCGCCUCGCUGCAAUGCAACGUCAAGUCUACCGACGAGGAGUCCUAUGCCGACGUCUUCAAUUUCAUCUGCGGCGCCAACCAGGACUUCUGCACGGGCAUUACCCGCAACGCAACAACCGGGUCCUAUGGCGGCUACUCUGGUUGUGACCCCAAAGACCAGCUUGCCUGGGUCGCCAAUCAGUACUACCUCGGAAACGGCAGGAGCAGCUCUGCAUGUGCCUUCAGCGGCGUGGCGACUGUCCAGUCUGCUGCGACAGCCAGUACGUGCGCGAGCCUGCUCUCGGCUGUCGGCACAGCAGGCACUGGCAUUGCUGCUAGCCCGACUGGAAGGGGUACUGCGGGCGCCUCGGGUGCGGCGGCGAGCUCGACUUCCAAGGGUGUGGCGGCGGGCUUGCACGGGCCCAAAGCUGUCGAGCAUGGCGGACUGAUAAUGGGUCUCUGGACAGCUGUUGCGGCUGGUAGCUUGCUUGGUAUGCUUGCGUUGUAAACACAGGACGGACAUUAUGUGGCUAUGCGGUGUAUGUGCAGACUGUUAAAUGAAGUAAUGAGCGCAUUGGAAUUUUGAAUACUUCGGAAUCAUCUUUUCAAUGCUGA